AUGCUCCGAUGGUCCACUACUUUACGAACAUUCCCGCGAACGCAGAAGCGAUGUUUCACAAACAGAAGCAAAAAGGAAAUUAUCGUACUACAUCCGAUAUUAAAGAAAACGAAAAGUGGCAGCAAGUCCUUUGAGGAAAUAAUCUAUGAUGCGCAAGAAGCCUUAGGGUUAGCUCGGUCAGCUGGCUUCAAAGUCGCAAAUGGAAUUUCGAUGCCAUUGGGGGGGUGGACAUUUUUUAAAAACCCAAGUGGGUCUAAAGAGGAAGGCGAAGGGGACGAUUUAGCUAAUAGUUACCAUGAGGAGGACACAUUCAGGGGUUCACUUCAGUCAAACGAAGGGACACCCUGCGGGGGUGAUGCGGAUGAGGGGGAAAGGUGCCUCACAUAUGAAGACUCAGGGGGAGACGCACGGAUAGGUGCCCCCUCCGAGGAGGUUCCUCCGCAGGGGGACGACCUAGAAAGAAAAAUUGCAGAGUCGAUUAUAAUAAAAACGAAUAGAAUAGAUAACAAGUUUUACUUUGGCAAAGGCAAAUUGAAUGAGCUAUCCACCUAUUUUCUAAAACACCCAACGCCGUACGUGUUUAUCAACACGCUGCUUUCGCCUGAACAGUUCAGAAAUUUGGACAUGCUGUUUAACAGCCUGCUGCGGAGCCGCCAUGAUGAGUUGAAGUUGCGUAGGCAGAAGCAGAGAGGAGAAGACUGCCUAUCAGUGAGGGCAUCAGAAUUUAGCGCGGAGGAUGAUGGCUGCGCGGAGGAUGAUGGCUACGCGGAAGACGCAAGGGGGGAGGAACUCGCGUAUGUCGAGAUGUAUAACGAAUGGAUGGAAAGGCAGGCGGAGCGGGAAGACCAGGAAGAUGGAAGCGUGAGUGAGGGGGAAGAGCAGGCUACUUUGGGAGAGGCGGAAGAAGAAGGUGUUGUUUUCCGCGAUGAUGCAGAGGACAAAGACGUGCCGCUCUACGUCGAGCUGUUCGACCGGUACAGCAUCAUACUACAGAUACUGAAGAGCAGGGCGAAAAGCAAUCUGAGCAAACUCCAGCUGGAACUAGCCAGGGCCAACUUCAUUUUCAACACCUACGCAGAAGAUAAUAAGUCAAGAAUGAAGUAUAUAAAAUAUAUCGAAAAUAAUGUACUGGGGAAAUCAAAUUUUGAUUACGAGGAAAAGUACAGCAGACAAAACACCUUCGAUGCGGAUAGGCAGAUGGGAAAAAAAAAAAAUUAUGACCACCUGGGGUACACGAGCAGUUACAUAAAGAGCUCAGAGACAUACAAAGAGUAUGAAAAAAGAAUCAUUCAAAAUUUGUACGCAAAGCUGAAGAAGGAAUUAGGAAAAUGCAAAAAUAAUAAUGCUCUACAGAGCAGUGCUAGAAAACACAAAGCAUUAAUAGCCGUGGUAGGAUAUACAAAUGUUGGAAAAACAAAAUUAAUAAAUUAUUUAACCAAGUCCAAUUUGAAGGCAAGGAAUUUAUUUUUUCAAACUUUGGAUAAUGCUUUUAAAAGUGUAACCUUGGAAGCAAUUAAGAAUGCAGACGUGCUCAUUCAUGUGAUCGAUGUGUGUCACCCGUACAGAGAGCAACAUAAAAAGUGUGUCAUUGAUACGUUACACAAAAUAGGCAUACCCAGCGAUUUUCUAAAAUACAAUAUGAUUGAGGUGUGGAAUAAAGUGGACAAAUUGGCAGACGAGGAACUCCUCAAUUUGUAUAAAACUAAGCCAAAGAAUGUUCUGCCCAUUUCUGCGAAAGUUGGCACAAAUUGUGAUGUUCUCAUUAAAAUUCUUCAAACGAUGAUUAACAGAAUUAAGGACGUGCAAGUGUUGACUCUCCAGUUUUCGACGAUGGAAGCUCAAGAGAGGUUGGCAUACCUUUUGAAAAAUUUCAAAGUCGUCCCCAACUCCAUUUCGUAUUCCAACGACGGGAACACGACCUUUAUCAAGUUGGUGGAGAAUCCCCGCAACUUGAGCAAAUACUAUGAGCGUUUUGGCAAAGAUGAGAAGGGACCCUCGGGGGAGGAUGCACAUAAAGGAGCCGCGUCAUGA